AUGGCAAAACAAUCGUCAGAUUUGAUGUUUCGUUUGUAUUCUAUGCACAAUUAUGAACAAGAUAUUACCGGAAUGAAUGAUUUAUUUCAACGAUGCAAAUCUACUGAUUAUGAAUCAGUAAUGAUGGGUGAUAGCAAUAAGUCACCCAUUCUAUUCCAUUGCGAAUCUAUCGAUCAUCUUCAUUGCAUGAAACAAUAUCCAGAAUCGUACUGCGGCACAUUGGUAAAUACCAAAGAUGGUCGUGUUGUUGCUUUCACGGCUGGUCAUAUAAAAUUUGUAUAUUUUGGAUCUUCUUUGAUGACUGUCAUAUUUAUUCGUUUAGUUCGCGUUGACCCAACUCAACGACGACAAAACCUUUUGAUAAAUCUUACAAAGCAAGGGAAUAAAACUGGUGUUGAAAAUAUUCCAGACUAUACAAUAGGCUACACAACAGAUACUAAUGUUCCAUCGUUAAAUAUGCAACAACGUUUGUUCGGUUCAUUGUCAAAUCCAGUUAGUCGGUUUAGUCAUUUUAUUCUUUCAACAACACCUACUUCUAAAGCAAUUAAAUUGCAUAAACUUAGCUUCGAAGAAACAGAACGUCUUUGGAUGGUUGAUAUGAUUGAUUGGGUUCAGCGUCCCUCACUAUCGGAUUUACAUCGUAUCAUGCAUAUGGAUGAAUAUAUAGGUAUUUUCGCUGUUGGAGAUUUCUCGUCACAACAGUAUGCAACAGCAAUGAUAUGGGAGCCAUUAACUACUAUCCUUUGUGAUGAUCGAUCAGGUACAAAAAAUGAAUAUCGUGGUCGAUUCCGUUUAGCAUUAAACUUUUUCCAAUCAUCCAAUUCAAUACCGUCGGUCGCAGUUCAAGAAAGAGAACACCUCAUAUCUGCACUCAUUAAUGCAGCAUCCAACGAUGAAAUUCCAUUUUUGAUAUGUGACAUCGAGGAGUCAUCACUAUUUACAUCAUUAGUACGACAGAAAGCUCUGGCUGUGUCAACGGAGAGUAUAUCUCGAGUUCCGUGGUCGGAACGAGUAACAGAUAUGGCCGAUCGAUUUGCUAAUUCACCCAUCUGGUUAGACCCACGUGAUUUGAGUAAUCUACUGUAUUUCAAACCUCUCUCGGAAAAAUUACAAUCACAAUUAUGA